AUGAACAUUCUCCCUCACCGCCAACAUUCCUGCGUCACCGCCAACAUUCCUGCGUCACCGCCAACAUUCCCCGUCAACGCCAACAUUCUUCCGUCACCGCCAACAUUCCCCCGUCACCGCCAACAUUCCCCCAUCACCGCCAACUUUCCCGCGUCACCACCAACAUUCCCGCGUCACCGCCAACAUUCGCCGUCACCGCCAACAUUCCUGCGUCACCGCCAACAUUCGCCGUCACCGCCAACAUUCCUGCGUCACCGCCAACAUUCGCCGUCACCGCCAACAUUCCUGCGUCACCGCCAACAUUCGCCGUCACCGCCAACAUUCCUGCGUCACCGCCAACAUUCGCCGUCACCGCCAACAUUCCUGCGUCACCGCCAACAUUCGCCGUCACCGCCAACAUUCCUGCGUCACCGCCAACAUUCGCCGUCACCGCCAACAUUCCCGCGUCACCACCAACAUUCCCCGUCACCGCCAACAUUCCCCCGUCACCGCCAACAUUCCCCCGUUACCGCCAACAUUCCCCGUCACCGCCAACAUUCCCCCGUCACCGCCAACAUUCCCCGUCACCACCAACAUUCCUGCGUCACCGCCAACAUUCCCCCAUCACCGCCAACAUUCUCGCUUCACCGCCAACAUUCCUGCUUCACCGCCAACAUUCCCGCGUCACCGCCAACAUUCCCCCGUCACCGCCAACAUUCCCGCGUCACCGCCAACAUUCCCAGUCACCGCCAACAUUCCCAGUCACCGCCAACAUUCCGUCACCGCCAACAUUCCUGCGUCACCGCCAACAUUCCCCGUCACCGCCAACAUUCCCGCGUCACCGCCAACAUUCCCCGUCACCGCCAACAUUCCCCCGUCACCGCCAACAUUCCCGCUUCACCGCCAACAUUUCCUGUUACCGCCAACAUUCCCCGUCACCGCCAACAUUCCUCGUCACUGCCAAUAUUCCCCGUCACCGUCAACAUUCCCCCGUCACCGCCAACAUUCCCGUGUCACCGCCAACAUUCCCAGUCACCGCCAACAUUCCCCGUCACCGCCAACAUUCCCCCGUCACCGCCAACAUUCCCCGUCACCGCCAACAUUCCCCCGUCACCGCCAACAUUCCCGCGUCACCGCCAACAUUCCCCGUCACCGCCAACAUUCUCACGUUAUCGCCAACAUUACCGCUUCACCGCCAACAUUCCCCAUCACCGCCAACAUUCCCCUGUCACCGUCAACAUUCCCCGUCACCGCCAACAUUCCCGCGUCACCGCCAACAUUCCCCCGUCACCGUCAACAUUCUCACGUUACCGCCAACAUUCCCCGUUACCGUCAACAUUCCCCCGUCACCGCCAACAUUCCCGCGUCACCGUCAACAUUCCCCGUCACCGUCAACAUUCUCACGUUACCGCCAACAUUCCCCGUCACCGCCAACAUUCCCGCGUCACCGCCAACAUUCUCAUGUUACCGCCAACAUUCCCCGUCACCGCCAACAUUCCUGCGUCACCGCCAACAUUCUCACGUUACCGCCAACAUUCCCGCUUCACCGCCAACAUUCCCCCGUCACCGCCAACAUCCCCCGUCACCGCCAACAUUCCCGCGUCACCGCCAACAUUCUCACGUUACCGCCAACAUUCCCCGUCACCGCCAACAUUCCCGUGUCACCGCCAACAUUCUCACGUUACCGCCAACAUUCCCCGUCACCGCCAACAUUCCCGCGUCACCGCCAACAUUCUCACGUUACCGCCAACAUUCCCGCUUCACCGCCAACAUUCCCCGUCACCGCCAACAUUCCCCCGUCACCGCCAACAUUCUCACGUUACCGCCAACAUUCCCCGUCACCGCCAACAUUCCCCGUCACCGCCAACAUUCCCCGUCACAGCCAACAUUCUCACGUUACCGCCAACAUUCCCCGUCACCGCCAACAUUCUCACGUUACCGCCAACAUUCCCCCGUCACCGCCAACAUUCCCCGUCACCGCCAACAUUCCCCGUCACAGCCAACAUUCUCACGUUACCGCCAACAUUCCCCGUCACCGCCAACAUUUCCGCGUCACCGCCAACAUUCUCACGUUACCGCCAACAUUCCCCCGUCACCGCCAACAUUCCCGCGUCACCGCCAACAUUCUCACGUUACCGCCAACAUUCCGCUUCACCGCCAACAUUCCCCGUCACUGCCAACAUUCCCUGUUACCGCCAACAUUCCCCGUCACCGCCAACAUUCCCCGUCACCGCCAACAUUCCCCGUCACCGCCAUCAUUCCCCGCCACCGUCAACAUUCCCGCGUCACCGCCAACAUUCUCAUGUUACCGCCAACAUUUCCCGUCACCGCCAACAUUCCCCCGUCACCGCCAACAUUCCCCCGUCACCGCCAACAUCCCCACGUUAUCGCCAACAUUCCCCCAUCACCGCCAACAUUCCCCGUCACCGCCAACAUUCCCCAUCACCGCCAACAUUCCCCGUCACCGCCAUCAUUCCCCGCCACCGUCAACAUUCCCGCGUCACCGCCAACAUUCUCAUGUUACCGCCAACAUUUCCCGUCACCGCCAACAUUCCCCCGUCACCGCCAACAUUCCCCCAUCACCGCCAACAUUCCCGCGUUACCGCCAACAUUCCCUGUUACCGCCAACAUUCCCCGUCACCGCCAACAUUUCACUGUUACCGCAAACAUUCCGCGUCACGUCAUUAA